UGCGCGCGCGCGCGCGUGUGUGUGUGUGUGUGUGUGUGUGUGCGUGCGUGCGUGCGUUCGGGUUAAACGUCUUUUUCAACAUUUUAGUGAUAUAACCGACGGUGUCUACUUGUAGCAGCAGUGAGCACAAUGCCCAGCUUUAUAGUGCUGCUUCACUGAAAUACUACGCCAUACACAUAUGACAUGAUACCCCACCCAGUUACAUUAUACUGACAUCGGGCUGACCAGCCCUAGCACUAUCCUCUUAAUGCUGAGCGCUAAGCGAGGAAGCUACUAAGGUCAUUUUUACAUCUUUGGUAUGACGCGGCCAGGACCGAACCAACGCCUUCCCGCACUCGAAGCGGGGCUGGUUAUAGUAGGUUUGAUUACUGGAAUGCAGUGUGUAAAGUUACAAUCCAGUACAAGUUUUAAGUUUGCACGAGUCUAUCUGGUUCUUCCCUUGUUCUAUCAGGAAAGCGUCUUUUUUUUGUUUCCGCGGUUUGUUCCUUCGAUUCCGGAAUAUUAAUAUUAUGAAUAUCUGGCACUGAUUGUUCCUUUGAUUUAACUUCACGAUAUGAUCUGCAUGACGUCUCUAUUUCUGAUUUUCACUACAAAAGUGGUCCAGUUCUGUUUUAACUGUAGCAGGUAUCGCCUUUUGGUCUUUGUUACAGGAAUCUCUAACUAAAACACUCUCACCAGUCUCGAACUGUCUCAUUUGUUUGUUAUCAAGCCAAUCGAAUUGCAUGUUUUGAACCGUAUCCUUGAUACUUGAUCUGAUGGUAUCUAACCUGGUCCUUAACUGUCUUCCAAUACACAUUUUAGCUGGUGUUUCGCCUAUACUAGUAUGUAGAGCAUUUCUGUAAGCUAUGGUGUCAGUACAAUGAUCCUUUGUCAUUUACGGCUGAUUUCAUUACUCACUUGAAUGAUUGUGCAAAUCUUUCAACCAAUCAUGAUGUCGCUGAGCGAUAAGAAGCUGAAUAAAAUCUGGAAAAUAGAUCCCUCGAGAACAAGGCAAACAGUGAAAAUUGCAGACUCGGUUUGAUUGAGUCUGUUCAUGAGCAGUAAUGAAAAAUACAAGUCUUAUGUCGUAUUCAAUUACUUUCACGAAAUUCCUUAAAUUGUGACGAUUGAAAAGGACCACUAUUGUCGCUAAAUAUUUGCUUUGGCACUCUGAACCGGCCAAAACUAGUCCCUAAUACAUCAAUAGCGUUGUUUGCAUUUGUUGAAUUCAUCAUUUGUACUUCCGGCAAUUUAGAGUAAGAAGAUAUGUCCUCAUUCUUUGUCAAAAUAGCUCGAUGAGGUGGGAAAUUUUGUGUAUUUAUUAAAUUUAAUAGUUUUCUUGAUAAUUCUGUUGUUUUAGUAAGAUUUCUCGACAUUUAUUGCACUUUCUAUAGGCACAUGUGUAUGCCUACGCUUUACGACUUUAUGGCGUGUAGAAAAGUGUGCAUUCUGAGAUUUGGAUGCUUUCAAAGUUGAUGAGAGUAUAUAUUUUCUGAAAUUGUAUGGCUUUAACAUGUGUUGCUGUACAUAUGGGGAGAAUAUUUGGAAUCGCGGCGCAUAUAUUGGUAAUCUGUGGUAUGAUGUCAAAAUUGACAUUUGGGAGUUAUUUCCCUACUUAUAUUUUAUGUUUAUAUAUUGACAUUUUUGUAGGUUUUAGAUUUUGAUGUUGGCAAAGUGUUUUUCUAUGAUUGAAAAUGGAACACUUUCUAUAUGCAGAGUAAUCACUUGUCAUUAGCUGAAACGUAUUCAGAAUAAAUCAAUGCAAACAACUUAAGUAAUGAAUGUGGAUUUGAUUGACUCCAAUUUUUAAGUUUUAAAGUAAAAAAUAUUAGCAUCCAUUUUUCCACUAGCUCUUUAGGCAUAUCGUCGUUUGUAGCUAUAGGUAUUAUGCAUUUAGAAAUGUGUGACUUAUAUUCUUUUUAUGAUGAAAUGUGACAAAAGUAGUAAGCAGCUUUGACGUCAAAGUCGCUCGAGGGGUAUGUAAGAUACCUUUUGCUACUGCAUCUUUUUUUUUGACAAUAAGGGAGAUAAUUAAUAAAGAAAAAGGCAAACAAGGAAAUCUUUUAAGUGUACUUAUACGUAAAGUAGAAGCCGGACUCCGAUUGAAAAUUCCAAAUAAAUCACUGCUACAUGCUUUGUUUCUGCCUGAUGGGUCAUAUUCAAAAUAAAUCAAUGCAAGCACCUUAAGUAAUCAAGGUGGAUUGAUUAACUCACAUUUUAAACUUUAAAACACACGAAUAUUACCAUUCAUUUUUCCACUAGCUCUUUAGGCAUAUCGCCGUUUGUAGCUAUAGGUAUAUGCAAUGAUAUCUAAUCAAAGCUGCAUCAUUUCUGAUUGUACUGUAUUAUGCAUUUAGGAAUGUGUUACUUAUAUUUUUAUGACGAAGUGCGACAAAAGGAGUAAGCAGCUAUGACAUCAAAGGGGCACGAGAGGUAUAUAAGACAUCUUCUGCUACUGCAUCUUGGCUUUUUAACAAUAAGGGAGAUACUUAAUAAAGAAAUAGGCAAACAAGGAAAUAGUUUAAGUGUACUUCUACGAAAUGUAGAACCUGGACUCCGAUUGAAAAUUCCAAAUAAAACACAGCUAAAUGCUUUGUUUUUGCCUGAUGGAUCAGUCAAUGUUGAUAUGGAUACCUGGGAUUUAUCGCUCUUGUGUAACGUUGCACUUCAUUUAUUUGGUAAACAUCUCCAGUCAUAUGAACGCAAUGCUAUACAAUGCAUUCUGAAGCACCACGAAGAUGUGACAAAACAUAGCAAGUUUGCGUCACUUGACUAUAUGACAUAUACCCAUAAAUUAAAAGAAAUUGAAAUGUCAACGUUGGAUCUUUUGUCUGGCCUCGGUACCAAAUACAACUUUGAAUGCAAACGAAUGUUACAUUCAUAUAAACUUGAAAACCUACAUGUGAAUGCUACGCUCAUUGAACAGCUGAAGAAGAAAAGCACUGGAAAUAAAGAAAUCAUACCUACAUCAGAAUCAUCCUUGCGGAGGCAGAAAACAGGUGAUGAACAAAUGACAGUGCUUGAAGAGUUCGACAAACAGUCGCGUGCAACCGCAAACGAGCUUGAGGAAAUCCGGAAGAUAUCUGGAAUUAUACAAAAAAGUUCGGCCAACACAAACAGAAAACUCUGUAACGAAGACAUCGAAGAACAAAUAAACAUUCAAGGUAUGACGAUCGUGUCGACUGCUCGGGGUAAUGAUCGUGUGUUAACUGCGAUUAAAGCAGUUGCUAUAAGCAAGCAAAAAACCGAAAUCAAUUCUGCAGAGCCAACUAAAAGAUCCCUUGAAUCUGCGAUUCAGACUUUACUUGACCCGAUCAUGAAGCUUGAUGGUGUGAUGAUAACUGACGUUAUCCAAAAAUGUGUCAUAAUGAAAAUGAGAUGCAAAACGGUUAACGUUGUAAAACAACUGCUAGACAUUCAGAACGACCCAAAGUGACAGGACCAACUGCAAACGGUGGCUGACAUCCUCCAGGAAGAUAUUGGCUGUAAAUUCGAAAUAUCUUCUCAUGUAACUAUCGAUUGUUUGAAGAAGGUUCAGAAGCAUUUUAAUGAUGCUAAAAAAGAUGUUGUCAUGGACAAAGGAGAUAAGAAUGAAAAAGAUUACGAAAGUUUUAGACAGGGUAUAUGGAACACGUUUGUAUGUUACUCCGUCCCUUUGUCCUGUUGGCCAGGAAUAAAACAGGCUCAGAGCGAUAUAAAAAACCUGCUAAAGUUUUGUACCGAUAUCCAAGAUGAGCUGGGAUUAGGACACACGGGCGGAAACAGAACUGUAGAAUUACAGGAAAUUUAUAUCUAUGCCGAACCGAAAUAUGACAUUGGAUUACUGCUACCAGUAAAUGGGAAUAUUACAAAGAAAGGUGAAAUACUUCUAAAUGUAUCAAUAAAUUCAGAUGACGCAGAAAAACAUUCCAGGGAAAGUACAAUAGAGGGGAUUUUGAUUUAUCGUAGCGUCGCAAGUGUGAUUAAAUCGCUAAAAGGUCCAUAUAUGGUUUUGUGCCGAACUAAGAAUAAUGAUCGUUCCACAACAAAAAAGAAGUUCAGACAGUGCUGCAUAGAAAAACAGAGAGAAGAUACGAUUAUGAGUAUGCAUUUGGAAGUAUGCGACCUCAUUGAACGAAUAGUGUACGAACCACUCAUUGCUAAAAGCAUAUUUUUCGGACACUUACUGAAUGCUCAGCAUUUGGUUUACCGAAACAAAAGUUCGGAAAAUAAUCAACUAAAUGUUACUGACAACAAACCGUCUGACGACGAUUCCGCUGACGUGUAUUCAAAAGAACAAAGAGAAGGAACAAGAGUAUUUGACGAAAGUGUUAUCAAACAGAUAAAACUUAGAGAAGGCGUCAUUGAAGACUUGUUCGGAGAAAUGAUUGCAAUGAUCAACAACAGUUCAAUACGGGAAAAUGAUGUCAUGGAGCUGAAAGAUUAUAGACAGAAAAGACAAACGGAUAAAAUGAUUUGCAGGAUGCUGUUUGACUUUGAAGGAAAUGUCAUAGGAUGCGGAUAUAGACUUAAUACAUUUCAUGUUAGCGUGCAGAAAUUAUCCAGUUUGAAAGAAAACGAUUAUCGCGAACAGCUCAUAAGACUUUUCCUGAAAGGUCAUGGUAUUACUGAUGUAAAAUUUGACACUGUAUCAGAAGACAUAAAGUAUUACAAUCACGUCGGCGCACAGAUUGGUGCAGGAAAUGAAACAUCAGAAGGCGUAAAACGUGGUACGCUUGGAUGUUUUGCAAGAUUUCAAAGAGAAGGAUCAAAUUCAAUAUGUGCAUUGUUCUCUAAACACGUUGCAAUUGGAUGUUCCCGAAUAUUUGUUAACAAUGGAGAAGGUCAGAUUUUCUUCGGAAAAAUUCUAUAUGGUAUGAAGAAUGACGGAGGAUAUGAUAUUGCUGCUGCUGUUAUAGACAACAAACAUAUUUCAAAGUGUAAUAUGAGCUUCAAAACAAUUGAAAAUAGACAAGCAUCUGCAAAAUUAUAUAGAAAAGUCGAUGGCAUAAAAUUAGAGGGACAGACUAUUUACCUCUGGGGAGCCAAAUCAACACCUGGAAUAGGAACAAUAAUCUUUCCGGAAUUUUGCUGUAAGGAAAAUCCAGAAACUACGUACAUAAUACUAAAAGAUGGAUCUUAUAAAAUAAAUAUGCCUGAUGCGAAACUAGCCCAACCUGGUGACAGUGGUGCCAUUGUCUGCAUGAAUAAACCAGAUGAAAAUAAAGUUUUGGCCAUUUCUAUGUUAAUGGGAGAAAGAGUCCUCGAAACAGAAACAAAGUCCGAAUAUAUGUCGUUUUAUCUCUGGGACGGAAUGCAGCAUCUGUCUAGCAAGACAAAAGGUAUUUUCCACGUGGAAGAUGUUCAUUCGUAAACCUCUGAGCGACAUGCUACUCCUAGGCAAAGAAUAAGAGAUUGUGUUUGAAGUGAAAUUCGUUCAUGACCUAAACUAAGUAAUAAUUGCUUUCGUCCUUUCUACAAUAAGGAUUAUCAUUUUUUUAAUGUUUCACAGUGAUUCAAAUAGUUGUAAUCAGAAUUGCCACAUUUUGUCAGGCAAUGUGUAUAACAUAACCUUUUCUUUGAGCUUUCAUCUAAAAGGUUAAUGGUUAUUUAAUGUUACUUCGAAUUCUAUUUAGCCUCUUCCUGCGCAUAAUAAAGCUUGGCAUAAGGAAUAGGAUAAACCAAUCUGCUAAACGGUUCUGAAAUAUUCAUAGCCAUUGGAGAUAGUUCUAUGUAGUAGAGGUUUGGACAGAAAAUUUCUCCCGAUGAACAUUGAGAUUAUUGUCUAGGCGGUAUGGGGGUGGAGUAUUGUGGUGGUGUUUAGUUCAGGUAAAUUGUGUCCAUCUGUUCCUAGAUACACGUUAUCUAUACAAAUUCAUUGUAUCCACGUGAUCCAGUUAUCUUUCAGAGAGAAAUCAAAGUGUUCAUUAUAAAAUUGUUCUAUGCGGUAAGGGAUGGAUAAAUAACGUUGUGGCAUUUCACGAGUGAACACGUGUUACUGUGAUUAUUACAUGGAAGUAAAAUUCAGCUUUAUUUAAUGACAAAAAUAUGACUAUUUCAAAAUAUGCACAUCAGAAGAGUACACAGCAACAUCCAUUAUUUUAUCGUAAUUGAUGCAUGACCUUUGUUACGUGUGCACAGAGAGCUUGUGUUUCAAUUAAACCCAUUUAUGCCUUUAAAAACUAUUUAGCAUGUAUUAAUAGUUUUACAUGUAUGUACAAAAAGAUGACAUAUAUUUUCGCGAAUUGCGGUUUUAUUGGUGUAAAUCAUUUUAAAGGUCGUCAUGUGUUGUAGUAGGAUGUUUUAUAAUUUUCAAGUUAUGCUUUUUAAUGUAAAUGUCAUGUUCAAAAAUAUUAUUUCUAAUCAGUAAAGGUUGUUUUCGAACAUUAAAACAUGCUACAGACCAUAUACAUAAUACAAAAUGUCAAAAUUACCCUGUAAAAUUUUUUUCUUGACGAAUCAUUAUAUGUUGAAAAUAUAAAAUGUUUCUAUUAUCUCCCUUGUGACUCUUUAUAAUGUUGUAUGAUAUAAGUAGUUUUAUAUAUAUUAAAAAGAAAAUGAAGGAAAACGGAAACAGUUUUUCAAACAGAAGAUGUUUAGCACUGUAGAUCUUUAUAUUAAAUAUGCCCUGAAUACCACAUUAUUAUAUCAAGGCACGUUUGACUGUUUUCUGUUGGUAAAAGUAUUUUUCUGAAAGCUUGCUUAUUUGUUUAAGUCGAAGAAUGAACUAAAAGUAACAGCUGUUUUAGAUUUAUGACUUAUUCUAAUCUUGUACAAAUGCAAAACAACAAAAAUAUUCAAAUGUU